GUGUCCGCGGUCCGGUGACGUGAACGGUUUGAAAAGUUAACAACAAAGCGGUUAGGCAACGAAAGCAAAAAUCCGUCAUUCCGUCGUUCCCGAUACGGCCACGCGUCGUUAACACUUUAGUCGCUUCACACUCAAAUUCACAUUCACGACUGCCAAUGAGUCUUGAACUCGUUCCAUAUUCUGUUUAAUUCCGCUCGCACGUAUUUUGAUAUACGAUAUUACAUACAAUACUUAACGUAUACUAUAACAACAUCAUAGGAUGUAUUCAUUAAAGUCAUUUGUAGUUGUAGCAUUAAUUUGCACAUCUUUAAGCGUAUUCUGCCAAAAUGCAGACAAUCAACAGGCCCGACUAUUAGUAUCUAAACAAGUUCUUAAUAAAUUGUUAGUUCAAGAUUCUGAUAUCCUAGUUAAAUAUACCAUUUAUAAUGUGGGAAAUGUACCAGCUACAAAUGUUAUAUUACAAGAUUCAGGAUUUCCUGAUGAAGCAUUUGCCACAGUCAAAGGAAAUUUGAAUAUUCGUUUUAACAGAAUUCCAUCUGGCGCAAAUGUUACUCAUGCUGUUGUUAUCAAACCUCUUACAUAUGGCCGGUUUAACUUCACAGCUGCAGUGGUACAAUAUAAAUCAUCAGAAGGUGCUGAAGAGCCACAAUUUGCAAUAAGUAGCGAACCUGGUGAAGGAUACAUAAUCAGUUAUGCUGAAUAUGACAAGAAAUUCUCACCUCACUUGCUUGAUUGGUUUGCAUUUGCAGUAAUGUCCUUACCAACUUUACUGGUACCAUUCAUAUUGUGGUGGAUUAGCAAGAGCAAGUAUGAAUUAAUAUUGAAACAAAAACGUGAAAAAGUGUCUAAAGAUUAAAAUUAAUAAAAUAAAAACCUUUGUACAAU